CGCUGGGAGUCGUAGUCUUCCUGAUUACUUACCGAAAGGCCUCUUCCUUAGUUUUCCCCCUGCGAGGAUGUGGAGGCCGCGACGCGAUUUGGUCCGCGUUGGAACCGGGGCAGGAGUGACGUGGCGAGCUGAGCGAACAAAAAUGAGCGAGUGGGCUCGCCGGGCACAGACUUGGAGCUUCCCUCCCUGACAGCAGAGGAGGAGAGAACGACGACGACGGGAGAGGACGGAGGAAGGAACGCGUACCCGUCUUCUGCGCCGCCAUGGGCCUCAGCUUCUCCUCGCUCUUCUCGCGCUUCUUCGGCAAGAAGCAGAUGCGCAUCCUCAUGGUUGGUUUGGAUGCUGCUGGAAAAACUACACUUCUAUUCAAACUGAAGCUAGGAGAGAUUGUCACUACACUUCCUACAAUUGGUUUUAAUGUGGAAACAGUAGAGUAUAAAAACAUCUGUUUCACUGUUUGGGAUGUUGGUGGUCAAGAUAAGAUUAGAAGACUCUGGUGGCAUUAUUACCCGAAUACACAGGGCCUUAUUUUUGUGGUAGAUAGCAAUGACAGAGAACGAAUCGAGGAAGCUGCAAAAGAACUGCAGAAAAUGCUUGCAGAGGAUGAAUUGAAAGAUGCAGUGCUGCUUGUCUUUGCAAACAAACAAGACUUGCCAAAUGCUAUGGCAAUCAAUGAAAUGACAGAUAAACUUGGCCUUCGGACUGUGCGUAACAGAAGUUGGUAUGUUCAAGCUACCUGCGCCACACAAGGAACUGGUCUGUAUGAGGGACUUGACUGGCUGUCAAAUGAGUUAUCAAAACGCUAGCUGAAACUGGAUGACUUUCACACCAGGGACAUGUUUGAUAUAAGUGGCCUAGGCUUGUUCAUUAAAAUUAGGUUGCAUUUUGGUUACUAUACAGUAUUGAGCUGGUUUGGGCAGGAUAUUGCAGCAUUUUGACUUAUUUUGGUGCCAAUUAUUGUUCAUCAAGCUACAUGUUGCCAAGGUAACAAGUUUGGUUUUAAUUGUUUAUUGGUGAAUGUAUCUUCAUGAAGACAGACUUUGCAAAGACUGAAUGGAUUAUUUCUAAUGUAUUUCUUUGUGUAUACCUCUUGAAUUUUAAGUUUGUCAAACUGAUAUGAAUGUGUGACCAAUUCUUUUUCAAUAGUUUUUUUGUACCUCCGAAUAAACAGAUCUCUAUAAUC